CUAGGGAAGACUGUAAAUGCAGCUUGUGGAAAUAAGAGACGAAUCCAGACAUUGAGAUAUUUGCUUGAGGGGAAGACUCACUUUCCAGGACCGUUCAGAAGGCUUCUCCAGAUAUUAAGUGAUUUUCUAUGAAGAAUUUGAAAUGGCAACAGGGAGCAAUAAUACUCAUAUACUAAAUAAUUGCGAUUCAGUUGACCAGCCACUUUUAGAACAAAUGACAGAACAGUCACGGGAUACUUCCUGCUUGAAUGCUGCAGAGUGGCCACUGCGGCGUUAUGGCCGAUUUAUGCCUGGAGCUUUGGGCACUGCUUCAGGAUCUUGGAAAGUUUUGGACUCAAAUGAAGAAUCUGGCUUUCUUAUUCUCAGUAUAGUUAUUUCAGGGCAUUUCUUCAUUUCCAGAGGAAAAGAAGUACUGGAAGGAUUUUCAUUAAUUGGUGCUUCUCAGUGGUUAAAAGUAGUACAAAAAGCAGAUUGCAUGUUAGUUGGUUCAAAAUUAAAGAGCAAACAUCGUAUGUUUCGUAUACAAUUUACUGGAGACUCCAAAACCGAGGCAGAAGAGCAUUGCCAUAACUGCAUGCAGAAACUAGCUGAGUAUAUUCCAAUUCAAGUGACAGAUGCAAUAAGGCAGGAACUACAGGACAGCCACUCUCUGCUUCUCACUGAUGAAAGUCAACUGAAAGAUACCGAACAAAAUGUCCCAUUACAAGAUAUUGUUGUAAAUGUAUCUCCAACACAUGGAACAACGUCUGUAGCUGAGCUGGCCCAGUGUGUGCUGAUACCAGAUAAUCAACUUCCUCUUGCAUAUCAAAAAUCCACAUGGAGUACUGAAGAUUUAAGCAGCUUUAUUCGCUUGUGCCUGUUGGAUCAACACUUCCCAGCAUUUGUGGAGGAUGUAGAGAAAGAGCUAAAAAAAAUUAUAGAUGGCUAG